UUUGUCGAAAAGUUGGAAUAUUGCAACGUUUGACCUACCAUAUGCAAGGAAUGAAAAUAUUUGUUUAAGCUGGUUUGAGCCAUACUGUGGUUUGAGCUUUUUGUUUGUUUCGUUCAUGGUGGCAACACAGCUGAUUUUCCGAUUGUAAUAAACAAAUUGAAGAAAUAGUGCAAAGAGAUGAAUGAAAUUUUAAUAUUUGGAAGAUGCAGAAUUUGUUUGGAAGAAAAGAGUAGUCGUGGUUUUCUGCUAGAAGCGUUAGAAACUGAACAUGCGCAGGUGGCUAUUAAAACAAGCCAGAAACAGCUUGUAACGUUUUGCUCCACUGGCAUGUUGACCUGCAGCGAGUGUGCUACUGAAACAAAUAUUCGUUCCAAAGCAACAGAUAUUUUUAUGCAAAACGAAGAAACGAUUGUUAGUGAAGAUGAUUUGGAUCUACAUGAUUUAAAUGAAUGUGUGGGCGAAGAAGUGGAAUACAUUUUGCCCAUAAAAUCCGAACAAUUUUCCAAAGUUGCUUCAUCUAAUUGUCACGACAUUUCAAUCGCCAAUGAGCUUACUAUCUACAAAAGAGGUGCGGGACGUCCGCCCAAACGUUACGACACACUAUUUCAAUGUGAUCUAUGCUGUUAUGUCACCGCUUAUGCAAAAUAUUUCCGCACUCACAUGUCAGAGGCUCAUCGAGAGGAACAAGCGCGUAUUUUCAAAUGCCCACAAUGUACAGAGGCAUAUGUGGAGGCGCGUUGUCUUCGAGAGCACAUAAAACAUGUCCACGAAUGUAUACCACGCAAACCAAAAUUACUUUGCGCAGAGUGCGGCAAAGGUUUUCCCAAGCAAUCGCAUUUACGACGUCAUUCCUAUGUGCACAAUCCCAAUGAGAAGCCUUUCUUGUGUGAGUACUGCCCUAUGCGUUUCGCGAGUCAGUCUACCUUGACACGUCACAUUGAUGGUGCUCACAAAAAGAAUAAGCCGCAUGCGUGUGAGUUGUGUGGUAAAGCUUUUGGGCAUAUUUAUGGACUGAAGGCGCACAAACAAAAGGUGCAUGCAAAGGAUGCUCAAUAAUGUGUAAAUAGUGAAGGUACUGUUUCUAUUUUUGGCAAUAUACGAAAAUAUACAUACAUGCUAUAAGUAGACAAAUUAAAAUGUUCACACGUUUAGGGUACUCAUCGUAAAUGUUUUUUGUUUUUUGGAAAUUUCAAGACCUUACCCCCAUAUUU